AUGAAGUAUGGAAAAUCUGGCGGAAACGAUGGAAGUAGCGCAGAAAUACUGAAAUCUCUUUCUUCUUCUGGGAUUCGUGAGAUGACGAAGAUCAUCCGUUCAAUAUUUAUUGACGAAAGGAUUCUUGACUGGUGGAGACACACUAUUAUAAUUCCUCUCCACAAGAACCUAUCCGUUAUGGAGCCCAGUGAUUACCGACUAAUAUCACCGCUGCGUGUAAUGUACGAAGUUUUGGAGCGGAUCAUCCUGGAUCGACUGAUCCGACAUCGCGAAGAAAUCAGUCAGAAUUCGAAGCCGCCUUUGAUUCUCCUCACCAAGACCGUUUUCUCACUGAUUCUCCUCACCAAGACCGUCUGCUGCGGUCCGAACACCAGCUGGAUGUACUACACCGUGGAAGCUGGAGAGAGACAAGAGACCAUGGGGAGACCGUCCCCCGAUGGAUCUCGAGUACGCCGACGAUGUAGUAGCAUUCGCUUCUGGCAGCGCAAAGUGACAACACGCCGUUAA